AUGCCGCCACGGCUGAUUUCGCCGAAGCGCCGCCCAGGGUACCCCCACUCAGUCACUCGUCACUCGUCGUCACCGUCACCAACACACACUCGACACGACUCCGUCUCCAUCCACCCCAGUGUCAACCCAACGGACAAAGACACUACCAUGGCCCUCAAGAUCGACACCGACCUGUGCCCCGUGUACGCGCCGUUCUUCGGUGCGAUGGGCUGUACCGCCGCCAUUGCGCUGACGUGCAUUGGUGCUGCCUACGGAACGGCAAAGUCUGGCGUCGGCGUCUCGGCAAUGGCCGUGCUCCGCCCCGACAUGAUGAUGAAGUGUGUCAUCCCCGUCGUCAUGGCCGGUAUUAUUGCCAUUUACGGCCUCGUCGUGUCGGUGCUCAUCUCGGGCGGCCUCACCUCGCCCAUGCCCCUCUACACGGGCUUUAUCCAGCUCGGCGCAGGCCUGUCGGUCGGUCUGGCCGGUCUCGCCGCCGGCUUUGCGAUUGGUAUCGUCGGUGAUGCCGGUGUGCGCGGAGCGGCCCAGCAGCCUCGCCUGUACGUCGGCAUGAUUCUCAUCCUCAUUUUCGCCGAGGUCCUCGGUCUGUACGGCCUCAUUGUCGCGCUUAUUCUCAACACUGGCGCCUCGGUCAACUACAAGUGCCUCCUCGACUAA